GUAUUAUACAUACUCUGCAAUUCUUUAGAAGAAAAAUAAUAACACAGCGCAAGAAAAACGAAGAACAAUAUUCCUCAAGCCUGAGACUAGAAGUUUUGUGUGUUUUUGUGUCCGAGUGCGAUUAAAGUAAAAAACGAAGAAGAUGCCGGCCGACGUAGCGAUGCACACCAACUUCCUCCAGUUCACCAGCAAAACCAGCUUGGCCGACUCGAACGUCGACUCGUGCUGGAACACGGAGAACAUGAGCGGGUACAUGACCCUGGUGGGCCCGAACGGACACCGACAGGGCGUCCAAGUCAAGGUGUACCGAACCAGCGUGGAACACUUCGCGGUGAUCUAUCCUCAGAAGAAGGUCUGCCGUCCGUUGGGUGUCCUGAACCUCCGUAACACGACGAUCGAGCGUUUCGGAGACGAAGGAUUUCUGGUGCGGCAAAAAGGUUUCGACUCCCCGGUAGCCCUGACCUUCCUCGUCGAGUGCAAGAAGGAACUGGAUUACUGGAUCCUCGCCUUCACCGCCCGCAACAGUCCGCUGAUGCACCAGAGCAGCUUGCCGAUCGUAGAAGAGGAGGAGAUAUAAGUCGGAGGGGCUGGAUUCGGGGCCGAAAGCCACCUCAACGAUUCCCUUCGUCUGAAACAGUCGUCAAAAAGACGAUUAUUUACAAGCCAAUAUUUUCCACAUCGCGGUCAAAGUUUACCAACGACGACCGACUGACCGGUGUUUUUCUACGAUUGUCACGGCUGCGUCUACCCAGAACGUGUCUCACCUGC